GCUGGAUUUUUUUCUUCCUCUUUUCUCUCAAUCCUUCGAAAUCAAACUUCCUCAUUCCUUUCCCCACUCAUCCUUCUUCCUUCUCUUUCUUCUUCUUAUUCUUUCUUUCUCUCUUCUCCCUUCUUCUUCCUCUCCAAAUUAACCCAGAUUUGGGUUCUCUCAACCCAGCUUCAACACCAGCUGCGCCUUCCUUUUGGCUCUCUCUGUGCACUCGCUCUACACUAGCAGCACUAGUGACGAUGAAGGUCGUGAUUCGGCCCAUCCUCUUGGCUCACUUGGGUUGCCAUUGGUAAAGCUGCGCUUGUUCAGGGCUAGCCGCUAUUAACACAAUGGCAUCCCAGGUGCGAACAAAAUGAAGAAAAGGGCUUGUAGAUGGAAUACCUGGGGCUUCUCGACGGAAACAACCUCCUCGAUCUCAAGCUUGGCAGCCUCAACAACGAGCACUGGCGACAUAGCGAGAGUUUGGGAAUAGUAAGGUUUAGAGGUUGAGAUACUCUUGCGUUUGAUUUGGGGCAGCGAUGGCAACGUUGCUUAUUUGUAUCUAAUGAUAAGAAGAAGAUGAAGUUCUUUUUUCUUUUUUCUUUUUUUUAGGUUGGAAAAUUGUAAAUUAAUAAUAAAAAAUACCAAAUCAA